UUUGGCAGGUGGACACAGAGUGUGCUCUUCGUUUCUGCCCCUCUGUGUUAGAACAUGUCGGGAGCAACGGUUCCCAGAGAAGAGUUUCCUGCUAGAGGAUCGGAAUGCUCCGGAAAGAGGCUGCUGGGUAUGCUGUCCUCUGAGCGGAGGGUUGGAUGUGAACUGACCCGGAGUGCAGAUUUAAUGCUAAGGUGUUGUGCUUGCUGGGGUAACCUUGUUAUGAAGACCUGAUUUGUAACAGGUUCUUGGCGUCCACACGAGGGGUUUAGUUGGCAAUGACGGCCAGCGAAACAGCUGUUAGCUGCAGGGUGAUCAGGUCUGAGUUGUGGCGCAGCGUUGUGCAUGGUAGCACCUUACUUCGGGCCAUGUCGAAGAGAAUAAAGAGGGGAACAUGGGAGAACGGCGGUUGGCAGAGAAGGAGAGGCACGGCAGGUAGGCACAUGGCAUUGUGUUCGCUCACGUACGUGUGAAUGGGGGCAGUGUCUGGCAGAAAGUCCGGCACAGUCUAACGGAUAACAAGAUUGAUAUGUGCGGGAAGUACAGGUGGGCUUCUGGGUGAGUUUGAAUCCGGAAGUUUGCGCUUUAUUCUAUUCUCGUCCUGCACUCUUCUUCAAGAAGGCAGUUGUGCGUCCGGCAGUUGUGGUCUGAGUGGUAACUCCCCUUCUCUGUCUGUGCCUUCUUCAAGAAGGGGACCCAGUCGAUACAAUUUUUUGACCUUUUGUGAAGUGAAAUCUUGGGAGGAUAGAGAAGGAAUUCUGUUGGCCCUUUGAACGCCGAUCCUUCUUUAUAUUGUGUUUAUUCUUGUGUGUGCGUGAUUGCAGUCUGGUAAUGUUCGUUUCAGGCUUUUCCUAGAGUGACGCGAGGUGCUUGUUAUCGGAUGGCAUCUCUCGAGACAGUGUGGGAAAUGCUACACGCUGCUGCCUGAAUGUGAGAGCGGAUACGUUCACCCCCAGGCGCUGCUUGGGUGUGUUUCUGCCUGUUGAAGUAGCAGCUGCAUCUCCCGGUGACGGUUUGCCCGAGUGUGCACCCUACGUGUAGUCCUCGUUCACGUGAUGGCGGGGUGGUUGGGUGUGUUUCUGCUUUAAGUAGCAGCGGCAUCUCUCUGUAACGGUGUGCCCAAGUGUGCACCCUAGGCCUUGUUCAUGUGAGGGCAGUAUACAUCGACUGCAUAAUGGAGACUGAUGUGGCGCAGUGUACCUCUGGUGACAUUGGGCAGUUGCAAGUGCUGGCAGAGUGGUGGUUCUAGUGUUAUAUCUAGUGUUUUAGCAACUCUGAGCGGAACGGUGCACAUUUGAGUGAACCCAUCAUUCCCUUAUCUUGUAGCAUAUUGACCCAGAAUAUCCCGUCUCGCCUCUGUUUCAUGUUCAUUGUAUCUAGCUUAUGGCAUGAGUUAUUCGUGCCUUGUUUCCGUCACGUUAAAGCAUUGCUUGUUUCCCUCUAUCACAUCAUAUCAUACUCCUGGUAUUGCCUAUAUAUCCUCCUAACCACGGAAUGUUUUCAUGCCAUUGGGAGGGUGAGACGACUGCUCCAGCAUACUCUUAGGGAACCUUUAUACNAGAUGAAGAGAUUGGAGGAGGAGAUGAAGAAAGUACAACAAGAGGAGGAAGAAAGAAGAAAAGCUGCUGAAGCAGAAGCGGCAGCAGAAGAAGAGAAAGAGAGGAUGAGGAUUGAGAGUGGAGAAGGGAGUAGUGGUGGCACGAUGACGAGGGAGACAGAUACAGGGCUGGAGAAGAGGACCAGCGAGUGGGUCGCUAAUUUAUCGUUGGGAGAAGACGAGGAGGCGGAGUCCUAUGUGACUAAGGAUGAGAAGGCUGCGCUGGCCGCUGAGCUAGCAGCCAUGACAGACCCGAUGGAACGAAGAGAGAGGGAAGACGAGCAAAAGUUAGCAUGGAAGUUGAGAAUGAAGAGGGAGAAGAAGAGGAGGAGAGAGGAAGUGAAUAAGAUGACCGCAGCAGUGGCAAAGGUGCAGGAGUGUAGAGCGGAGGUGCUGGCCCAACCAGACGAUAAGGCCAAGUGGGACAAAGUACUGGGGUACCUGGAGGUGUUGAGCAAGGCCUGGACGGAGGAGCGCCAGGCAAGCUGGAGCUAGGAUGUAGCGUUGAGUGCCAUGCGGUCAGGGUUUAGAGAUUUUGCGCGCGAGAUCGUCACCCAUAUU